AUGCAAGGAAUGACCGAGCUUGAAACACAUUGCUUUCAGUUCGCCAACGUCUACAAGGCGAAAGACAAGGAGACGGGUGACUUCGUUGCUAUUAAGAAGAUCAAACUGGGCUCGAGAGCCGAGGCAAAGGACGGCAUCAACAGGACAGCACUUCGUGAAAUCAAGCUCCUACAGGAAAUCCAUCAUGAUAAUAUUAUAGGACUACGUGACGUCAUCGGGUCUCGAACAAAUAUUCAGUUAGUGUUCGAUUUCAUGGAAACGGAUCUCGAG